GCGCGUUCGUUCUUUCACAUCUAUUCAGUGUGUGCAGAGUCGUCCUUCCUUCUCCGAUCCGCAUAAAUUUGAAUGCGAUCGUUGUUUUGACGGAGCGAACAGCUGAGCGAAACAAAAACAACAUUAAAAAAUCCAUAUGUUUUGAUGCAUCGCAACAUCCUCAACGCGUUUUGUUUUCGUUGUCAACGGCGACCUUUAAACAAAACAGUAAACAAAACUCCCACCAGAACCGCGGAGAUAGGAGAGCACUACUGCUCGUCGCUGAACGGAUCGUGGUGAUAUAUAAUUCAGUAGAGCGGAGGAUACCGGAUCGCCAUCACCAUGGGCGAUUGCAAGAGUUUCAGUUUUGAGAUCAAGCAGGAGAAGGAUUUGGCUGCGACUGGGUACGAUGCUAUAGUUCAUAUUCAUUGGCCGCAGCAGAAGGAGCACCACUCCAAGUUGCAGUCCGCUUUAGCUGGAGCCUUGAAACGCGAUCCCAGUUUAGCUUCGGAGGUGGCCAUUCUUAGCUCCGAUCUUCCUGCUGGAAGGAUCGUUCUGUCCUCUGCCGGACCUUUGGAUCCGGACUACGAUGAUGUUCGUAGCUUCCGCGAUGCUGCUUACAAGGGUGUCAAGAGGGCUUUGAAGGCUGGAGUCAAGAAACCUUUGAUCCAUCUCCAAGGGCAUCCGGACUACGAGGAUGCUGAAUUGGUCACGCUCUUGGGGGCGCUCGAAGCCCUGCACGUGCCGAUCCAAAUCAGAGAGUUGAAGCCAGAGAAUUUACCUAAAAUCGAGCAGUUGGGUGUAGUUCAUGCCGAUGCUACUAAAGGCAGCAAACUCAUUGAAUUGGCUAAAGCCUUGGAGGCUGGACGUCGCGUUGCUCGCGAUAUCGGUGAUGCCGAUCCGGAGAGGAUGGCUCCUCCGAAGGUGCAGCAGUACCUGGAGGAAGCCUUCAAAGAGAGUUCCAUCAGCUUGAAGGUCAUCGAAGAUGAGAAGGAAUUUGCUGAAAACUAUCCUCUCUUCGAGGCCGUGAACAGGGCUGCGAGCGUGGUCCAAAGACACAGGGGAAGGAUCAUCUUCAUGGAGUACGUUCCUAGUGGUGAGGUCAAGGAGACGGUGAUGCUCGUAGGAAAGGGAGUCACAUACGACACCGGUGGCGCUGACAUCAAAGCCGGAGGUAUUAUGGCCGGUAUGUCCAGGGACAAGUGCGGCGCCGCCGCCGUCGCCGGCUUCAUGAAGGUCGUCGAUCUUCUGAAGCCGAAGAACGUGAAGAUCGUUUCCGGUUUGAGCAUGGUCAGGAACAGCGUCGGUUCGAACUGCUACGUCGCCGACGAGCUGAUCAAAGCCAGAUCCGGAGCUCUGGUUAGGGUUGGAAACACUGACGCCGAAGGUCGCAUGGUCAUGGCCGACGUCCUCUGCAGAAUGAAGGAGCUCGCCUUGUCUGCUGUUAACCCACAUCUGUUUACUGUAGCCACGCUCACCGGCCACGCACAUUUAGCAGUCGGAGAAGGAUAUUCCAUAGUGAUGGACAACGGUCCCGCGAAGAAAGCCGGAACGAGCAAGAGAUUGGUGACUGCCGGUGACGCCUUGGGAGAUCCCUUCGAGGUGUCCACGAUCCGCAGGGAGGAUUUGGCCUUCCACAGGGGAAAGGCUGAAGGAGAUGAUGUGAUGCAGUGCAACAACGCUCCUUCGUCGAGAACGCCGAGAGGUCAUCAAGGACCUGCUGCGUUCCUUCUGUUGUCUUCUGGUCUCGAGGGUCACGGUUCCACCCACGAGAAGCCCAUUCCGUACAGCCAUUUGGACAUCGCCGGUUCCGGCGGAGACUUCCCAAAUCCUGCUACAGGUGCUCCUAUCUUAGCUUUGGCUAAAGCCUUCCUCCUCUAAGAUGUCUACACUAUCCUUUAAUCCAUACACUUACUGUAUGAACAACAUUGUUUUCUUUUUAUAUAUAUUUAGAUUUUGAUUUUAUGUGAAUAAAGUUUUAUUUGGCACUGA